GGUAUUUAUAGUGAGCUAUUAAUGGACAUGGGCUCUGCAGAGGUUGCUUACAAUCCUGAAAAUGUCACUUUCAACUUAAUAAUCACUUCUUCAAAGGCUGAGAUUUUCUCUCUUUCAGAAGAAGUGAUCCAUGUUGUGCUGAUUUGCCAUGAAUAAUUCUGUGUAUAUGGUUGAUGGUGAUUCUGAUGAGGAAAUCCAUACCCAGCGAGCUAUUCAGGAAAGCUUGCAAGACAGGCAUAAAUUUGAAACAAGUGGCAGUGCAACAGAGGUUGAAAGUUUCCAGAAUACUGCAAGUAAAGAACAUGAACAGAUCAUUGCAGCAAUUCGGACAGGCCAAGAGGAGGCCUUGAAGAAGUUGGUGAGGCACAGUUCUGCUUUUGAAGAAGCAGAUCAGCAAGGCUGGCUUCCUGUGCAUGAAGCUGCAGCACAGCUAAAUAAGAACAUCCUUGAAAUAACUUUAAAAGCCUCCCCUGACGUUACGUGGGAACGGUCCACUCUAAAAGGGGAAACACCUCUCUUGGUGGCAGUAAGAAGCUGUUUUGUGGACAAUGUCCAGUUUCUCCUGCUCAAUGGCUGCAAUCCCAAUGUUAAAGAUGAAGAGGGAGAUUCUCCUUUAGUUAUAGCAAUUAAACGUGACUCCUAUGACAUUGCCUCCUUGUUGCUACGAUCUGGUGCCAGAGUGAAUUUGCGCUGUGUCCAUGAGAGAACUGCUCUGCAUGAGGCAGCCAGACUGGGCAGGAGGGAUCUGGUACAGCUCCUCCUGGAUUCUGGAGCAGAUCCUGACCCCCGCAGUGGAUAUGGGCUCACACCUCUAGCACUGGCUGCACAGAUGGGACAUACAGAAAUUAUGGAGCUCUUACUGCAAAAAGGUGCAGAUGUUCUUUCACAGGCAAGGGACUGUGCUUCUAUAUUGUUUGAGGCAGCAGGAGGAGGAAAUCCAGAUUCUGUGAGUCUUUUACUAGAAUAUGGGGCUGAUGCCAAUGUACCAAAGCACUCGGGUCAUUUGCCAAUCCACAGAGCUGCAUAUAGAGGACACUUUCUAGCUCUAAAAUAUUUAGUUCCAGUGACUGAUUUUGCUGCCAUUAAAGAAAGUGGGAUAAGUCCAGUUCACUCAGCAGCAGCAGGAGCACAUCCUCAGUGCCUUGAGUUUCUCCUCCAGUCAGGUUUUGAUGCCAAUUUUAUGCUGGCUCAGAGAGUUCGCAAAGGCUACGAUGACCACCGGAAAUCAGCCCUGUACUUCGCUGUUUCCAACGGGGACAUCUGCUCCACACAGCUGCUGCUGAACGCCGGAGCCCUGACUAACCAAGAUCCCAUCAACUGCCUCCAAAUAGCCUUGAGAAUGGGCAACUACGAGUUAAUGAAUCUGCUGCUCCGCCAUGGGGCCAACGUCAACUACUUCUGCCGCGUGAACACCACGCAUUUCCCAUCGGCUCUGCAGUACGCCCUCAAAGAUGAGGUCAUGCUGAGGAUGCUGCUGAGCUACGGCUACGACGUGCACCGCUGCUUCGACUGCCCGUGGGGCAGCGGGGACCACUCCCAGUACGUGACCGACGGCUGGACCUCCACCGUUAUCAAAGACACCAUGUUCUGUGAAGUGAUAACCUUGUCAUGGCUGAAGCACGUGUCUGGGAAAGUAGUGCGAGUCAUGUUGGAUUAUGUUGAUCACGUUAAGAUUUGCUGGAAGCUCGAAGCAGUUCUCAAAGAACAGGAACUUUGGCCAGACAUCCACUUCAUUUUAACAAAUCCUCGCUCUCUGAAGCACCUUUGCCGUCUGAAGAUCCGGGCAUGCAUGGGCCGGCUGCGUCUCCGCUGUCCUGUCUUCAUGACCUUCCUACCCCUGCCAAACUGCUUGAAAGACUACAUCCUGUACAAGGAAUAUGAUCUUUAUGGACAGGAAAACUUCACAGGGGUCUACAACCUCAACUGUGCAUAAGAUUAGUCCUGUACUUUGAAGGGAAUUUAAUGUGGAUAAGACUGUUGUGCUUUUUCCUUUUGGAAUUUUCUCUCCUCUGUAUAUUAAGGAAUGCCAGCAUUCUUCCCAAAAUGGUGAGAUCCCCAAAAUAUAAGUAUGGGUGAUCUCAUUCUAAGGAUCUCCUGGACUAUGACCUAUCUGGAAGUUAUGGCAACAGCAUUUUAAAUGCCGAGUGUGACAAGUUAAGGAAGUGUAAAAUACAGGGCUGUAAGCCUUGUGUUAUGGCUAAGGUAGAGCCUGUCAUAUCAGAUACCACUACCCCCAUUCCAGGGUUAAACUCAGGGUUUAGGUAAAGGUCAGGAAUUUCACUAAAAUCAGGAAGGGAUGUAGUUUUCUCUUGUACUUCUUCCCUUCUCUUGCCAAGUAGUUUUUAUUUGUUACGUCCUACAGUGAAGUUCUGAAGAGCAGUGUAAGUAAUUCUUUUCUUCACCCAACAAAGCAAUCUUCCAUUCUAGGCAAUGAACUGGGAUUAAGCUUGAGAAACCUCUGCUUAUCACAGCAGGUCAUGUGACAUACCAGUAUUUCAAUAAUGUGGCACUGCUGAAAGCUGUGUUAGUUCUGCUGCUCCUUCUCAGGUACUGGUCUCAUCCACCAUGAACUUGGACUCUUCUCUCUAGAACAUCAUGCUGUCCAAAGCCAUGCUUGCAAUUUUUGGAGUUUCUCUCUAUAGAGGGGGAGCUUAAACUUUUGGAGCACUGUCAUUUUAGGAUGAUUUACAGAAGUCUUAGAAAGACCUACAACAUGCCUGUUACUUCUGAAAAUACUGCAAAUGUCAGUUCCUAUUUUAGUAAAAAAGUUCAUCAACACAUUUGGCAUUAGUAGUAUUUAUUCCUUCAUAAUGAAGUAAGCAUAGAUUUUUUUUCUAGUUAUACAUGCAUCUUUAUCACAGAAGUUACAGAAUUCAAAAGUCUGCUUUUCCCCAGAAAAAUCUACAAACCUUAUAAAAUACAAAUUUAACCAUAAUGUGGUUAUGGCCCAUGGUUUUUUACAUGGUGUUUAUCCCAUAAUAAACUACCUCAGCCUGUGAAGAUAUGUCCAGUGCCCAUGGUAGUGGUUGUGCUGCUGGAGCCUCUGCACUCAGCUUGUUCCACGGAGCCUCACGGCCCUGUCACUGCCCCACCAUGGGCCCUGCCCAGCCAGCUGCCACAGCUCCUGCUCACCUUCAGUCUCUGAUUGUUACAAAAACAAGUUAAGAGCAUUCCCAAGUGUAACAACUUCCUCUGAGGUUAUCUGGCUAAUACUAUAAAAAUUAAGAGAACUGAGCUACACUUGACAAUGGAGGGCAAUACCUGCAUGUCAGAACUUUGUUUAAUGGAAGGGAACACAUCCUGUCACCAAUAAUGGUAUUUUCUGAAAGUCAGUGUGAUGAAGAAUGCAAGAGGCUUUUGCAUCAGUACAAGUCCCACCCAGAAAGUUACUAUAAUUAAGCUUUUAUUUAAAAUAUAAAAUGCUGACUGGAGCCCUGGCACAAUAGGGUUACUAUCCAUGUUUCCAAGAUUAAGACACAACAAUCAGAGUUGACAUAAAUAUGCCAUUGGUUGUUCUUAAUACAGCUAUUCAGGGAAAAUGUGCAAGUCAGUCUCAAACACUGCAAAAAUCACUUACACUUCACCAGAACAGGACCAAUCUAGAACACCAUCAUAAGAAUUUGACCACUCCACUCUAUUAUAAAAAUGACCAGAAAGAUUGUACAAAAUCCUUGGCUUGCAAUAUAAACUUCAUUAGGAAUACAAGUGCAUUCACAAUGAUACACUGACUUACUCUUGUCAUGACAAUUCAGAUACCACUGUGGCAGGGAAAAAAAAAGUCAACUUAGUGCUUAAUUAAAACAAAAAGCCUUGGGGACUUAUUAACUUGAAAGAAUUUUUGUAAUAUAGAACAAGAGAAAGAAUAUAAGUAUCAGCUUUUGCUUUUACACUAGACAAUAUCUCUACUAAAUUCACUAAGCAGUGGCAGUUUUCUUUCUAUAGGUGAACUAUUUACUAAAUAGUAAGAGACUAUAUUGUAGCAUAGUUUUCACCAUUGGCUUGUCCCAAGUGCUGUGCAACUAAUUAAUCAGAAUUUACCUUAAGCAUAGACAGAAUUUACCUUAGACAGUCAAAUUUAUUUCUUUAUACCCAUGUACAUCAAUUACAGCUUCAUAAACAGCUUCAGCUGUUUCACAUUUUCACCUCUGGAUUUACAUACAUAUAAAGAAAAAAAGUCUGACAGCCCUCUAGAAGGGGAAUGUUCCUUAACUCUGAAAUACAAUUUACUGUCUAACAGUAAUCUUGAUACAAUUUCAAACUCAAACAGAUUAAAGAAGUAAAACUAUGACAUGCAACUGACUUUUCACUACCUGAUCAUCUCCAGUUAGAUAUGUUUAAGUAGUACACGACUUGGACCUUGUCCUCUGGUUCAGACUUGGCCAAAUCUAGCAGUGGCCACAGAGUGCCAGCUAUCAUCUGUUAUGCAAUCAAAUGCAUACCCAAAAGCACACCUGAUAUAUCUGUAUAUUCAUGCCAUUACAUACAUAAAGAAUGUAUGUAGCUUGAAACAGCUGACAGCAAGACUGGCUUGGUCUGCAGCAUGUAAAUCUACACAUUGUAACAAGCUUCAUAUCCUCUUACUUAAAGGAUAGAAGUUUGGCAGUAAUGAUGAGGCUGCAGUUAACAACACGACAAGCUAGUCCUGAACAACACUGCCAAUUCAGUACCUACAUCAAGUCACUUCAAAAUCAUGGACUUGAAAAAUAUUUUCAGGAGUGAGUGAAGUGAGAGUAGAUGCACAUGAAGCAAACUACAACUUCAGCUGAAAGUGCUUGAAAGAUCAGUUUG